UAAUCGGGUAGUUGCUAGCUGGCUGCUGUAUUGCUGUAUUGCCGUAUCAGGAAUUUCCCCUCUUCACACUGAGGAGUGACAAACGCACACUUCCUCGCUCAGUCUCUCUCUUGAGCACUUCCUCGCGCGUCUCAUUGACCCCCAAUAACAGUUUUCUCUCACUUUCCCCAGAAAAUCCCCAGAGAGAAAGUAACAACGAGGAUGGGGGACCCGCUUGAGAGAUUGGAAUCAGAUACCGCGAUGCCUGGCCUCGAAUCCACCAUGAAGGAGGAUCUCUGCAUGGAGAUCGACCCGCCUUUUCGAGAAAACGUCGCCUCUGCUGAGGACUGGCGGAAGGCUCUCAACAAGGUGGUUCCUGCUGUCGUUGUUCUGCGAACAACUGCUUGCCGCGCAUUCGACACUGAAUCUGCCGGUGUUAGUUAUGCCACCGGGUUUGUGGUCGAUAAGCGUAGAGGGAUUAUUCUCACCAAUCGCCACGUCGUCAAGCCCGGACCUGUAGUUGCAGAGGCUAUGUUUCUAAACCGUGAAGAAAUUCCUGUGCAUCCUGUAUAUAGGGAUCCUGUUCAUGAUUUUGGCUUCUUUCGUUAUGAUCCUGGUGCAAUUCAAUUUCUGGACUAUGAGGAAAUUCCUCUUGCUCCUGAGGCUGCUUGUGUUGGACUUGAAAUCAGGGUUGUUGGUAAUGAUAGCGGUGAAAAGGUUUCUAUUUUGGCCGGUACCCUUGCUCGUUUGGAUAGAGAUGCACCUCAUUACAAAAGGGAUGGGUAUAAUGACUUCAAUACAUUCUACAUGCAAGCUGCAUCUGGGACUAAGGGUGGUUCAAGUGGUUCCCCAGUGAUUGAUUGGCAAGGCAGGGCUGUGGCCUUGAAUGCUGGCAGCAAGUCUUCUAGUGCUUCUGCAUUUUUCUUACCUUUAGAACGAGUUGUAAGGGCGCUAGGAUUUCUUCAGAAGGAAAGAGAUUCUUAUACAAAUAAAUGGGAGGCUGUUCCUAUACCUCGUGGUACGCUUCAGGUGACAUUUCUUCAUAAAGGAUUUGAUGAGACACGCCGGCUUGGUCUUCAAAGUGAAACUGAGCAGAUUGUACGGCAUGCAUCUCCACCAGGGGAAACUGGAAUGCUUGUUGUUGACUCUGUGGUGCCAGGUGGCCCAGCUCAUAUGCAAUUGGGACCAGGUGAUGUGCUUAUUCGUGUGAAUGGUGAGGUGACUACACAGUUUCUGAAACUGGAGACUUUACUUGAUGACUCUGUUAACCAUAAGAUUGAGUUACAAAUUGAAAGGGGCGGCACUUGCUUGACUGUAAACUUGGUGGUUCAGGAUUUACAUUCAAUAACUCCUGACUAUUUCUUAGAAGUAAGUGGUGCAGUGAUACAUCCUCUGUCUUACCAACAGGCCAGAAAUUUUCGUUUCCACUGUGGUCUGGUGUAUGUUUCAGAACCUGGAUAUAUGCUAUUUAGAGCUGGAGUUCCACGUCAUGCAAUCAUUAAGAAGUUUGCUGGUGAGGAGAUAUCACAGCUUGAUGAACUAAUCUCUGCCCUAUCUAAGCUUUCUAGGGGUGCAAGAGUGCCAUUAGAAUAUAUAAGCUAUAUGGAUCGUCAUCGAAGGAAGUCUGUCCUGGUUACAGUUGAUCGCCAUGAAUGGUAUGCCCCUCCACAGAUAUACACUCGUGAUGACAGCACAGGUUUGUGGACAGCGAAGCCCGCUAUUCAACCUGAUUCCCUGAAGCUAUCAUCUUCUGUUAAUGAUAUUGGACAAGGCGUAGCUAGUCAAACUAUUUUACUGGUUGGAGAAACAACUCAUGUGGAAAAUGUAAAUCAAGGUGGGAACCCAGAAAUGGUUGAUGGUAUUACCAGUAUGGAAAUCAGUUCUGAACAAUCGUCUGGGGAAUUACAUCCUCAGGAAGAACAUGUUGGAACAAAGAAACAAAGGGUAUCACAUUUGCCUGCCAACGAAAUUGCUGUUGCUAAUGGUUGCUUGCGGCGUGAAAUUGGAGAAGUGAAGUUGGAGAAUCUAAGUACUGUGGAGAAUGAAGUCGCAGGAAACUAUCAAGGUACAACAGCACCACCAGCUAAUGCUUCAUUUGCAGAGAGUGUGAUAGAGCCCACUCUUGUAAUGUUUGAGGUUCAUGUUCCUGCAUCAAUUAUGCUUGAUGGUGUCCAUUCACAACACUUCUUUGGGACUGGUAUCAUCGUUUAUCAUUCUCAAGAUAUGGGACUGGUAGCAGUUGAUAGGAAUACUGUUGCAAUAUCUGCAUCGGAUGUGAUGCUAUCCUUUGCUGCUUUUCCUAUUGAAAUUCCAGGGGAGGUGGUUUUUCUCCAUCCUGUUCACAAUUAUGCUCUCAUUGCUUAUGACCCAUCGGCCCUAGGAACUGCUGGUUCCUCAAUGGUUCGAGCUGCUGAAUUGCUUCCUGAGCCGGCAUUGCGUCGUGGGGAUUCAGUCUAUCUUGUGGGGUUAAGUAGAAGCCUACAAGUAACGUCUAGGAAAUCCAUUGUGACAAACCCUUGUGCUGCUUUGAAUAUUGGCUCAGCUGAUUGCCCACGGUACAGAGCAACAAAUAUGGAAGUUAUUGAACUUGAUACUGAUUUUGGGAGCACAUAUUCGGGUGUGCUAACCGAUGAGCAUGGAAGGGUUCAAGCUAUCUGGGGAAGCUUUUCAACGCAGUUGAAAUAUGGUUGCAGUACCUCAGAAGAUCAUCAAUUUGUUAGAGGUAUCCCUAUUUAUACAAUCAGUCAAGUCCUUGACAAAAUUGUUCGUGGUGCAAAUGGACCACCUCUUCUCAUAAAUGGUGUCAGAAGGCCAAUGCCUCUGGUCAGGAUUUUGGAGGUUGAGCUUUAUCCUACUUUGCUUUCAAAGGCACGGAGUUUUGGUUUGAGCAGUAGUUGGGUCCAAGCUCUUGUCAAGAAAGAUCCAAUUAGAAGACAAGUUUUGCGUGUCAAGGGUUGCUUAGCUGGAUCAAAAGCUGAAAAUCUAUUAGAACAAGGGGACAUGGUUGUGGCAGUAAACAAAGAGUCGGUCACUUGCUUCCGCGACAUAGAAAAUGCUUGCCAAGCUUUGGACGAGAUUGGCGACAAUGAGGGGAAACUUAACAUGACUAUUUUUCGACAGGGACGUGAAAUAGAUCUUUUUGUGGGAACAGAUGUUAGAGAUGGGAAUGGUACAACACGUGUAAUGAAUUGGUGUGGUAGUAUUGUUCAGGAUCCUCAUCCAGCAGUGCGUGCUCUUGGAUUUCUUCCUGAAGAGGGUCAUGGUGUGUACGUGGCUCGGUGGUGUCAUGGAAGUCCUGCACACAGAUAUAGUCUUUAUGCUCUUCAAUGGAUAGUUGAAAUUAAUGGGAGACCCACGCCUGAUUUAGAUGCUUUCAUUGACGUGACAAAGGAAAUAGGGCAUGGGGAAUUUGUCCGUGUAAGGACCGUCCACCUAAAUGGGAAGCCUCGAGUGUUGACAUUGAAGCAAGAUCUACAUUACUGGCCUACAUGGGAACUCAGAUUUGACCCCAUUACUGCAAUGUGGAGUAGGCAGACAAUCAAGGCACUGGACUAGGAGUAGAGAAAUGAUCAGGGAGUGUGCUCUAGUUGCCUACAUUUUCUUUAUGAACAAGUACGACACGAGUAUUCAGAGCUGCGCAAUGCAGGUUCAACAAUUAGGUGUCUGAUAGUUCUAGAGCGGUGUUGUACCUUAUAGCUUUCCUAUUUGCAAUCAGUGCAAUUACAUGUUAGAAAAACUAGUUAUAUGGUAGAACUGAUUGCUUGGGUGGAUGGGGGGGGGGGGGGGGGGUAAAACUACAAUCUUUGGGGCUCUUUUUAAUUUUAUUCUUGUGUAUUCAUAAUAUAAGUUAUGCCAAAUUUGCUGCUGUACACGGUACAUUCAAUUUUUUAAAAAAGGAUAUUUCAUUAGAUGAA